AUGUCCCUAUGCCCCUUAAGAAGGCGUAACGUCUAUUCACCAAGUGAAAGGUUAAAUGACCGAGUGAGGAACCCACCCAGGGUAAAUGCCACACAUUGCGGUAGACCCUUCCCGUUGAAAUGCGCCUCCAUCUGCAGAAGUUUUGACAAACGGGGGGGGAACAGUACCACGAAGUGGGGAAGAUACACCACGGAAAAGGCUCAAACGAUGUUCAUCUCAUGCAAGACAGGCUUCAAUUAUUCUAAGCGGAAAAGAUAUGGCGGCACUGUCACUGCUGCAGGAAACAUCAGCACACAGUUCGUGGAUCAUGGGAAGGGGAAGCUACCAUCCGGGGGGGGAGAACAGGAGAGACUCCAGGACAGUCUCGAACAAACCACAAACGAUGUAAACCUACCAGGUGGUACUCCCCCAGUGGGAGAACCACACAGCGGUUCCGAGAUGCCCCGAGAUAGGCACACCUCAGAGGAGUGCAUUAAAAAUAUUAUAGGAAACAUUCUGAAGAGAAGCUCCAUAGAUAGUUACACACAAAAUGAGGACCUGUUCAGGAUGCUAAAGGGAAUAAACUCCCUGCUUAGCAAAUUGAAUGUGCAGGGUUACGGAAAAGAAGAUGAAGGAGGGGGGGUAGUAGAUGCCCACUCUCUGUCUACAGAUGAGCUAGCUGCAAAAAGUGGAGAACAACAACUGAUUGGUAUGAACAACCUGAAGAGAGGCACCCUUUGUAAGCAUAACUACCUGAACGAGUCAGGCAAUUUUCAUACAACGGAUAAACAUCAUGGGAGUGAUGAACACUCUUCUGCGUCUUCCUCCCCCACGGAUGUUCUCACCAGAAGGGCAUUCAAAACGUGGGUGUUUCCCCUCAAUUUGAUGCUCAUCAAGUCGUGGGUUGACGAAAUUGUAAAAUACGUGUGUGCAGAUGAUCAUGCUGAGAGGGAAAUCUCCAAAGGUAGUAACAUCUUUGUUAAGAGCGAAAAUGUUUUCCAGAAAAGGUUGUUCUUUCAUUUGGUGUGUUUUUACACACAGAUUGCGAGGUGGACGGGGGGACGUCGAAGGGAUGUGAUUUUAUACCUCUACAGGGAGGACGAAGAGGAGGCAGAAAAGCUCUACAGCCAUUUGAAGGACAUCUAUACGGAUGAGUCGGUCAGCUUUUUUAAUUACAAAAAUUGCAUACAUAAUGAUAAGGCGGCGUUUAUUAUUUUAUUGUCGUACGAUGAAUUCUUCAACUUAACCCUACGCGUUGCUAACAAAUUGGAAGCCGAUUUGGAGGGGUACCUGAACGGAAAGGGGAGCUGUAGCUCGGGAUGUCCCAACCUGUUUGCCCUUUUUUCGCAGCUAAUUGUAAGUGCGCCCCUCGGCGGGGCAGCUGAGCGCGGCGAAGCGCAGCACACGUUUAAAAUAUUUCUGGACGAUUUUAACGUGGCGUACAAUUAUGGCCAAAGCGCGAUAGAGAAAAACCUCUACGAGCACCUUUUCCCCGCGAUUGACCUGCGGAGGGGACACGUUACGUUUUACCUCCUUUCGAGGACGGCCUUCCCCACGAUGUGGUUUAAAAUUUGGCUGGAACAUGUCCACAAGGAGUGCUAUUCUGUCAAUCUGCAAAAAAGGAAAAACGUUUUUAUUCUGCACAAAAGGUUUACUCUGCCUCUGUUGGAUGGCCAGUCAACCGCGCAGUGGACUUCCAGCAGUUCGGACGGAGGAGGCCCAAAAGAAAUUGCGCAAAGGGACAAGGCGACGAUGACCCCAAGUUUGUAUCCCCUCUUCGAUUUGGCGACAAAUAAAAAAAGAAAUUUCCUAACCCCGCAGGUGGAACAACACAUGUCCAUUUUUAACAAACACAGAAAAGAAAUUAUCGUCGAGUAUUUGAAGAAGCACAACUUGUACAACGUAAAUAAGUUGAAAAGGAAAGACAAAAAAAUAAAAAGAAAAUUUAAUAUCGCCAGGCGGUUUUUAAAAAAAAAAAAAAAAAAUUUGCCAAACUUGGGAAUUUCGCACUAUAUAAAUUUCUUAAUGAACAGAAGAAAAAAAGGAAGUAUAUUCUUCAGAAAAAACGUUAUUGAUUAUGGUUACGUGGCAGAAAGGGAGUUUCUACAGGGGGGGGAUAAAACGCAGAUAUUGACCAAAGGGCUGUCCGGUUGGCAUCGCGGGGGAAGGGAGGGGUUCCUCCCUCAGCACUGUGGGGACGCAUCCGCGGAAGGAAGAACUCAUACUGAUGGGUCCUCUCCAGGAGGCAAACUGCUCAACAGUGGGAAACAAAUGGACAGUUCGCGAAAAGUGGGCAGUCACAACAGACAUUGUGCGAGAUGGAAAGAACAGGAAGAGCGCGAUGAACAAAUGAAUGCCCCGUUUUUUUUGCAAAGUAGAGGAGAGGCACGGCUUCCCUUAGGUAACGACACGUCUCUCCCAAAUGAAGAAAAACCUUUUCGUUACAAAAGUGGAGACGCACAGGAAGGGCCGUCUCAAUCUGCUGCAUGUGCCGCGACUCCACUCCACCCGUGCAUUUACUACACAUUCGAUAAGGACGCGUUUGAAAAGUUUUCCAAAGAGGUGUACGCAGCGCUUCCGUUUUUGCCUGAACGGUUCAGGCGAAAAUGGAGAAGUGUGUUAAAAAAAUAUGAACAGGCAAUAUGCGUAAGUUUUUCCCGUAAAAAGUACCUCCUAAAGGGGCUCUUCCUGGUCAGGGAAAAGUUAAGCCAAGUGGAAAAACAGCUCAUUGGGGAGUUACUAAAGAAUGGCCUUAUUAAAAUUAUUUUGUCUUGUGUGGAUAUUUCUUCGGACGGCAUUGGGGUGAACUCCGUGUUUGUGGAGGAUGUGCAGGUGUACGUCAAGGAUAAACUCCCUCAGUACAAUCGGCUUCUUAGCCUGAUAGACGGCCUGCACGGGGAGGUUUUCCCCCCCUCCGGUGGGAGCAGCCAUUUGGGAAGCAGUCAUUUGGGAAACCGCCUUCUCGGGAAGGGCUCCGACUGGGGAGAGGCCCCCCCAGGGGACGACGCGUACAGACUCCACUUUGUAAAAUACUUUUUGUACCUAAAUUGGAAGAAGCUGUUCAGGAAGUACACCCUGUCAAAUAAUGACCUCUUCAAUUUAUUUUCAAAUUGUAAAAACUGUUUUUUAAUUCCGAGGAGGUAUGAAGACAUUUCCAUUUUGUUAAAUUUGCAGAGCGGCAGUUACUUAAAUUUAUCCCAUUUGUACAAACCGGUGUUGCGCGAUUUUUACUUUAAUCUGUACAAUGGGAGCGCCAGCAGGGGGAUCUCCUUCCUCCUGAACGGUGCAGGUGAAUGGAGAAUAAAUGCAUCCCCCUUGUUUGACGACCGGGUGGGUAGCAAACCCAAGGGAGAAAAAACCUACCCCUUCUUCUUAAAGCGGCGGAGGUGGAGCAGUGAGCAACUGGGGGAGCUCUCCCCGCAUAAUACCAUCCACAUGAUCAUGCAAACUGUGGAAGACGUUCACAAAAUUUACAAAUAUAAAGAGACGAACGAGGCCAUUCUGCUGCACCGUUUCUUGGGCAUGUCGAAUGAGACGGCCUACUCAGCUAGCUAUUUCGACUUUUUGUAUUUUUAUUUUUUGGCGAACAGAAACUUUGGAAGAAUAAAAAGGCGCCUCAUAAAUAACGUGUUCGAAUUUUAUGCUGUCAUGAGGGGAGAAUACGAAAAGGAGUUUGUCACCUCCGAUAGGGAGGGCAAAAUUAAUGACUAUCUGGAGAGGGUCCAAAGGGUAAAGAAUUACUUCCAAGAAAAUCACGCACAUGUGUACUACGACACGUUUGUAAAAUAUAACAACAUUAGGAGGGAAGUGAGAAAUAAAUUGAGGAGCAUGUACAGGCAAAAAUAUAGCAUGCUGCGUGAAACCAUUUGUGAAGGCAACCUGAGUGAUGUGGUCCUGACCACAGUAGACUCACAGCGCUGCAUCAUUCUGGAUGUGUAUAAAAUGAUGCCAUCCGUGGGGGAAGAAAAAAAAAAAAAACAGAAAAGUGACCUGUACGUUUGCGCCAACAGUAAAGGGGAGCUAUACAUAUGCGACAUAUUCUUCUUCGAUAGCGUCUUAAAGGAUAAAAAGGUGAGCAACUUGAUUAGGGAAAGAAACAAAGGCGUAAACUACGUUGAUUGUUUGUUUGGCCCAAGGGACGUGGUUAAUUAUGAGCUACUCCUCAAGGAGAGUCACUUCCCGUUUGACAUAUAUCAGGAAGACUGCACAGGCUGCGCGGGGGGGAUGGACAACGACUGCCUCCCCACAGAGGAGAAACAAAAAAGAAUUUUCCACCAAUUUGUGGUCAACAAAAUCGGGGUGAACGAAAAGGCGGGCAGACAGAAAAACCAUCCCAAUGACGGGGAGGAACAAAUUUCACAAGCAAAUGGGGAGAAAACCAAAGUGGUGGACCUGGAGGACUUGUUUCAAAACUGGUACAGCGAAGAUUUGUACAGCCGGAGGAGGAGGCUCUCCCUUUACUGGCAAAAGCUGGCGAGCAUGAAGAGGCAAAUGCGUCAGCAGUGCGCGAGGAGGUUGAAAACUGACAUGGGAAGAAAUCCCCACAGAGGAUGUGCAGAAGCGGACCACUAUAAUAAGCAAGGGGGACUGAAUCCCUUGGGGGGAGAAAAAACACCUAUGACGUACGAAGUGAACAGCGUUAGCGAUGCCACGACAAAUUGGGGGACGCGGAAGGGACACUACCCAUCAGCUGCGAACAAAAUUAUGAGCGCGAAAAUUAUGGGCACCCUCAAGAAAUACAAAAAAAAAAAAAACAGUGGAAAUAGAAAUAAUUACACAAAAGAGAUGAACAAAGUGGAUCGAAUAUUUGGAAACAAAAGAAAGACCAUGCUGGAGGAGUGUAAGAACGUCUUGUCUUUUCUGCAACGCCUCGAUCUGAUCGACCGGCUGAGGAACUUUCUAAAUCCAUACGUACGAAAUAGCCUCUGGUUUUACCUCAUAACUUUGUAUAUUAACCAGCAGUAUGAGAGGCACCCAGGGAAGUUCCUUGGCCAGCCGGAACUCCUAAUAACCAUUUUUUACAUAUGCUUUUGCAAAGGAGAGGGGGACUACUUGGGGAACUAUUUGGCCUCCUUUCAAAUCGAGAGCGACGCGUUGCGGCACCUUGUCGAGGAUUUAUUUGCGUACAAGCAGUUGUUGUCCUGUGUGCAGCAGAGGUCCCAAAUCAACGUGGACAUCCCGCUCAACCUGGAGGGCGUGCAAAGCGUGUACGACGGGCUAAUUAAAUUAAGGGAAAAAAAAUACACACAAAUGGACCACAAGGUGGGGGCCAAACUACACCAGCUGAGCAUCAUCCUUUACGCAAGUAUAUCCUGCAAUUUUAACGAAGGCGUAAAUCAAAUUCUGCUUAAGUUUGUUCGUUACGUGGAUGACAUGAGGAGGGUCACCCGGGUGAUGUAG